AUGUAUUUCUGGAGGAGACGUCCGGGUGCAGCUGAUGCCGACGUCGUGUUGCAGAACAUUUCCCUGGACGUGUUCGACGUCAGCUCCUUUGUAAAGACACUUGCGGAGGUCAUGGCCGACUUCGGCGUGUCCCAGCUCCCAGUGGUGCCCGCACCAGCUGAGCCCAAAGCGAUGACGAUCACUUCGCAGCCUACCGCGUGA